GCUGUAAUAUUUCAUUGCAGUCAUGGCCCCUAAGAAGAAGAAUGUGAAAAAGAACAAAGCAGAUAUCAAUGAAAUGACGAUCAUUGUGGAAGAUGGCCCCCUCAGCAAACUAAAUGGCUUGAAUGGACUCUUAGAUGGAGGAAAUGGUUUCAGCUGCAUCUCAUCUGAAGUUUCUGACCCAUCGUAUAGCCCAAAUCUCUUGGAAGGUCUAAGCAGAAUGAGACAAGAAAAUUUUCUUUGUGACUUGACUAUCAGUACCAAAACCAAAUCCUUCAGUGUUCAUAAGGUGGUGAUGGCUUCAUGCAGUGACUACUUUCACAGUAUCUUACAGAAAGAUCCAUCCACUCAAAGAGUAGACCUCAAUGAUGUAUCCCCAUUGGGUCUAGCUACUGUUAUCACCUAUGCUUACACUGGAAAACUUACUCUCUCACUUUAUACAAUAGGUAGUAUUAUUUCCACAGCAAUUUAUCUACAGAUUCACACCCUUGUAAAGAUGUGCUGUGAUUUUCUAAUCCAAGAAAUCAGUGUUGAGAACUGUAUGUACAUUGCCAAUAUUGCAGAAACAUACGGACUAAAAAAAACCAAGGAAGCAGCACACAAAUUUAUUAGAGACAACUUCAUUGAAUUUUCAGAAACAGAUCAGUUCUUGAAACUUACUUUUGAUCAGAUUAAUGAACUUCUUGCAGAUGAUGACUUGCAGUUGCCUUCUGAAAUUCUUGCAUUCCAGAUUGCAAUAAAAUGGCUGGAAUUUGACCAAAAAAGAGUAAAAUUUGCUGCCGAUCUCUUAAGUAACAUCCGUUUUGGUACCAUCUCAGCCCAAGACCUUGUCAAUUAUGUUCAAACUGUGCCAAGAAUGAUGCAAGAUGCAGAAUGCCAUAAGCUCCUGGUGGAUGCCAUGAACUAUCAUUUGCUUCCCUAUCACCAGAACACACUUCAGUCCAGAAGAACAAGAAUCCGUGGAGGUUUCAGAGUCUUAGUCACUGUUGGGGGACGUCCUGCUCUAACCGAAAAGUCUCUUAGCAGAGACAUCUUAUACAGAGAUCCUGAAAGCGGAUGGAAGAAGCUGAGUGAAAUGCCUGCUAAAAGUUUUAACCAGUGUGUCACGGUGAUGGAUGGAUUUCUCUAUGUCGCUGGUGGGGAAGACCAGAAUGAUGCCAGGAACCAAGCCAAGCAUGCAGUCAGCAAUUUCUGCAGAUAUGAUCCUCGUUUCAACACCUGGAUUCACCUGGCAAACAUGAAUCAGCGGCGCACCCACUUUAGCCUGAAUGUGUUCAAUGGCCUGCUUUUUGCAGUGGGUGGUCGCAACUCUGAGGGGUGCCUCUCCUCGGUUGAAUGCUAUGUGCCUGCAACUAAUCAGUGGCAGAUGAAGGCACCCUUGGAGGUGCCCAGGUGCUGCCAUGCCAGUGCGCUGGUGGACGGUCGGAUCCUGGUGACAGGAGGUUACAUCAAUAACGCUUACUCUCGCUCAGUGUGCAUGUAUGACCCCAGCAAAGAUAGCUGGCAGGAUAAGUCCAGCCUCAGCACCCCAAGGGGGUGGCACUGUGCAGUGUCCCUCCUGGAGAGGGUCUAUGUCAUGGGUGGGUCUCAGCUGGGGGGGCGAGCCGAAAGGGUGGAUGUUCUCCCCGUGGAGUGUUACAGUCCUUACACGGGGCAAUGGAAUUACGUGGCGCCACUUCAAACUGGAGUUAGUACGGCUGGUGCAUCCACCCUUAAUGGGAAAAUUUACUUAGUGGGUGGCUGGAAUGAAAUAGAGAAAAAAUAUAAGAAGUGCAUUCAGUGCUAUAACCCGGAUCUCAAUGAAUGGACAGAGGAAGAUGAGCUGCCUGAGGCCACUGUGGGCAUAUCGUGUUGUACGAUAUCCAUGCCCAACACCAAGACAAGGGAGUCCAGGGCCAGCUCAGUCUCUUCUGUCCCAGUCAGUAUUUAAAUAUGGGUCUAACCAGUAAGAAGUAAGAAUGUUUACCAGCACAGCAGUAUGUUUAACCCUUUAAGUAGCAUUUUUGUGCUUAUAUGGAAAGUAUCAUUGGCUUUGCAACAGUUUUAAUACUGCAAAUUGGCCAGUUUUCAUCAUCUUUAAUACAGGUGGCAUGAAACAGGACAUCAGGGAUAAAACAAAUUUUCUUAGCAGGAAGAGAGAGUUAACCCAUAACUGCAGAAUGUCAUCUUCUUGAAUUUGCUACCGAUUCACUGUGGCAAAUAAUUUAAUUUCUUUGUGCCUUGGUUUCCUUACCUGUAAAACAGAGAUAAACUUGCUUCAGAAGAUCGUUGUGAGGCAUUUUCAAUACUGAGGUUUAAAUGCUUUCAGAACCCAAAAUGAAAGUCAAAUAUUUCUAGUAAUAAAUCCCAACAUACAUCAGAAAUGUGCUAUGUCAUCAUAAAAUUGAUCAGUUUUGUUCUUUUCUAAGCAUUUUCUACUUUGACAAACAGAAGGCAAAGAAAAAUCCCAGACCUUAAAAAUAGAGUAUAUAGCAUGUGCAUACUUUCCUUUUGGGGCAGUGGUAUUCACAGAAAAUGUCUCAAAACAUUUUCUCCUUCAGAAGUUAGAAAGAGAGCCCUAUCUUCUGCCAUGAAACCCUUCAAUUCUCCUAUUUAAUGCUGUGACAUGGCUUUCAAGACCCAAAUUCACAAAAUACUUUAGCUCCUGUAAGUGCUAUGGGCCAGCCCCAAGGGCUACCUUGCAUGCCACAUUGCUCUCCUGAUCUCCAUGCGUACACCAAGGAGCAGACCACCGCCCCAUCUCCUCCUUACGCCAGGGAGACUCUCCUGUCAUUCCAGGUAGAAGGCCUGAAGGCCAGUCAGUAUGUCUUCUCCUGUUCCUGCUCUUCCCAUCUGUGUAGGAAUGUACCUCUGGGUUAUCUUCUCAUCUGGGAAGGUCUUCACUAAUGCAAGGAGCUAGGAGCUGCCACAGCAGGGGCAAAACCUGGAAGAAGAAUUCAGGCCAGGAGGCACCAAGGGCUAAUGGUGUCCGAGUGUGGAGAAGAUGCACAGAGCGUCUCUCUUACUCAGUAUUAUUCUUGCAAAUAACCAGUGGACUGAGGAGUAAAAAUUAAAUAAGGACUCAGGGUCUGCCUUUAAGAAUAAGAUAUAUGUGUGGAAAACAGUGGAUCGUGGAAAAACUGGAUGAAACCAAAGAGACUUUCCUUAACAGGAACAAAGAGGUACCUUAACACCUUUCUUACAAGGUACAGGCACGACAUCACCCCAAGUAACCUUUUCCUGGGCAUACCAUUAUGUAUCUCCUUUUGCAGACUUCGUUACAGCUCUAGUUAUGCAGUUUUUAUUCACAUUUUACCAAAGCCUAGACUAAUGCUGUGCCUGUUGAAGUCUGAAGUUUUCCCAGUGAGUAGAGUGAAGUCUUUGCUCAAAUUAAAUUACCUUCCAAGAACUUUUUUUCCUAAUUCCUGCAUUCAGUGGGGAAAUUAAGCAUAAAACCUAAUAUUGUUCCCUUAGCCAAAGGGAUAUGUCCCCUGAGAAUGUGAUACCGGAAGACUGCUGUCAGCACAAAAUGUCUACAUCCUUCUGUUUAGGAAGGAAGGGAGCAAUACAAGGAACUGAAAUGAUUUAAUAUAACCAAAAGGGCAGAAGUUCACUCACCUCAACCAAUUCAUAGAGGCUUCACAUGCAGUUUCCUCAGAUUAUCAUUGACACCUCCAGGCCCCCGUGCCUAGGAGAAGGCGUGCUUUCAGCAAUGCUUAUAAGGCAGCCAAAUUUUUAUCUCAUUUGCAAAAGGGGAACACUGUAAAAUUGUCUGUAAGUGCAGAUGCUAUAGAGACAAGCAUUUUCAGGACUCAUGCUCUGCUCUUUGAUAGCUUUGUUGCAGCUACAUAUUGAGCAUCAGCAUGAGAAUGACACAGUAUUAAAGGUGAAGUAAUUCACUCUGUUGCUUGGGAUUAAACUCCACGGCACUUUGUUCUGUUUUCCAGUUCUAACUUAGACUUCAUGUCUGAAUCCUGGAUAUACAAUUUUAAAAUUCCAAAUUCUAUUUUUGAGUGCUACAUGUUAUUAGAAUACUGUAUUGCAAUGCCUUUUGGUCAUAGUAGCAGUGCCAUAUAGUUUUGAUUAAUUUAGUUAGCAUACAGUUAUGCUCUAUGCUGUUUAAUUCAAAUGAAUAAUAAUUCAAAUCCACAAUCACAGAACAAACAUGGAAUUGUGUAACAGAGUAAGAUUACUUUGUUUCAAAUACGAGAAUGCUGUUCUUGCCCAUUCCAAGUCACCAAAAGAUUCUCAUGCAUCAGAGCAAAAUUUCUUUUUUCCCGAAGUCAUGACCGUGUGUCCCAUACGGAAGUAUUUAGGAAGCUCUUUGAAAAAAACAUCUGCUCCAAUAUUUUUUUGUGAAAUUUUAAUAGUAUUAGAUGAAGUUUCUUAUCCAUCCAGUCCAAUGGAGACACACAUACACUCAUCCAGUUCUAACUGUAUACAUAUUCCACUUCUUUAGUGUUUCUAAGGUACCCAUAGGAUGGUAUUAAAGAACUGAAGAAACAAUUAUUUUGGUCUCAGACAGUUAUUGGAUGAAAUUGUCAUAUGUAAGCAUCUCUUUUUCCCUUUAGGAAUUCAGUUCCAAAAUGCCAUGCUGCAGGCUUUCCUCUUUGUAAGCAAGCACUUCCUGUAUGUCAACAACCAUCUUCUGUUUUCGAGUAGAAAGAUAUUUGUGAAUGAUGGGCUAUGUGCAAUGAAACUACUCUCCUACUACUUAAAGGGUUAAAAAUUAUGGAGGCCAAAUCCUUUUCAUCUUACUCACAGACAAGUUCCGUUGAUUUCAAUGAGACUGCUAAGUAAGAUGUACAGGAUUUCGAACUCUUGGCCAAAUUCUGGCAGUACAGUAGAUAGAGAUGCCUGCCAAAACUGUCAUACCCAGAAGGAAGACUGCUUCUCAGCCUCCACUGCCCUUGGCCACAACAAAUCCAUAAAGAUGUGUCCUAGGACAGGAGCCAAGUACCACUGGCCAUGCGUUCCUUCUGUAGAACAAAUUGGGUAUGUACUUCAGCCAAAAAUCUUAAGUAGAUUAACAAAUGGUAUUGUUAUCGGUAUAGCACUUCAGGUUGGCUUUGUGUUAUUUUCUUUAAGCAUCUGUUUAGGCUUCAGCUGCACAUUGAGCCAGGAUUUGGCCCUUCAUAUGUGACAAUAUCAGCUGGAUUUAAUAUUAUUUUGAUCAUACCAAUGUACUGAGCUAUUUGUGACGUUUUUAUGUACAAUCUCAUUUUGUUAGAACUGUGAAAAAUGGUUUGUAUGUUCUGUUUUA